ACCAACUGCCCCGGAUGUGUUGGUUAGCUACACGAAGGCAGCGGCUAGUAACGGGUAGCGUUAGCUUUGUACUUGCCUGAUAUUACUACGAACAUUUUGAGCAUAUUAGUGUGAAUUUAAACCGUAUUCACAACUUUAAUGAAAUAUGGGUAUGACAAUAUAAUUAAUUAAGCCCAGCGAGUGACGACGAGGUAAAAGAAGUCCCGUAGUCUAUAACGGUUAGCACAACACUAGCUAUCAGCUAGAUACCCAAACAUAAAUUAGCCUUGUUUAGAAAUUAAUAGCCAUGAGUCUGGCAGUCGGCCGGGAACCCCGAAAGACUGCGGGAAACCGCAUGUCCAGAUUACUGGAUGCUGAAGAAGAGGACGAGUUCUACAAGACCACUUAUGGAGGCUUCAACGAUGAAUCAGGAGAUGAUGAGUAUCAUGGAGAACAUUCAGACACAGAGGAUGAGGUGGACAGCGACUUUGACAUCGAUGAGGGAGACGAGCCAGACAGCGACCAGGAGGAGGAUGCGCCUCGGCGGAAAAGUCGAGUUGUCACUAAAGCUUAUAAGGAACCAAUAAAGGUGGCAAAACCCAAACCCAAAAGACCCUCUGAGGAACAGAAGAAGACUGAGAAAACUAAAGUGGAGCUCAAAAGGAGGAUUCCACAAGAAUUCCAAGAUUUUAGCGAGACUCGGAAGUCUGUACGACAGUCCACCAGCGAACAUACUCGAAAGACCAAUCUGCGCUUGCAAGAGCGUCAGGAUGCUCCUCGGAGAAGGAGAGGUGCUCAUCGUGACCGGCCUCUUACCCAGGAAGAACUGCUGGCUGAGGCCAAGAUAACAGCUGAGAUCAACAUUCGAUCACUAGAGAACUAUGAACGUCUGGAGGCAGACAAGAAGAAACAAGUCCACAAGAAGCGUCGUUUUGAGGGCCCAACCAUCCGUUACCAUUCAGUCCUGAUGCCCCUUGUCUCUCACUCAGUCCUAAAAGAAGAAAAUGUAGAUGUUGAAGGGUUGGAUCAGGACGUUCCUCAGACUGCACUGCAAAAUCCUACCACACCAUCCCAGCAGCCUGCUGGAGGCUUGUGCUCCCGUACCUACAUAACAUUCAGUGACGACGAGGCUUUCGAGGCGGCGUUUCCGCACAGCGCACAGUCAAAUCCUCAGCUUCCUGUCCAGGAGGUUUGUCCUGUCACCCACAAGGCUGCACUGUACCGAGACCCAGUCACUGAUAUACCUUACGCUAACACGCGAGCCUUCCGCAUCAUUCGGGAAGCGUACCGUAAAUACGUGGCUGCUCAUGGAUUUCCAAACACUUCGGGAGGGGUGACGGGACUUGACUCCUCGGCAACUAAGGGUGCUCGCCAGAAAAUGGUUGUCAAGCAGAGUUUAGUUGCAACAUAGGUUAGGAAAUAGGUUUAUGUGUCUUUUUUUAAUUUCUCAGUUCAGGUACAGUGACUUGAUUGUGUGAUAUGAGGAAAAACCAUAACCAGUCGCUCCAGUUUCUUCAAACAGCUUUCUAAAUGAACUCUUCUCUCCAUCUUAAGUGUCCCUGAAUUUAAAGAAAGUUGCAGACAUUUACAGAUUGAGCAAUCACUGUGAUAAAUACUUACAAUAAUAAACAGCAAUAAAAGUUAGUAUUUUGCAAAUAUCAUCAGUGAUACUGUUGCCUGGACAAAACAAAAUUACAAAAAGUACAACACCAGAGUGAAAAACAAACACUGACAAACCAAAUUGGUCGGUGCAUUCCCUUAAACUGCAAAAAGAAGUCUUACUUCUUUUGUUAUUGUGUAAGGGAUUUUGUUAUUGUACAUUAAUACCCAGAAAAAUCCAGGUUGAGUGGAUGAAAAACUACAACUUUGCUUUGGAAUUAAAAAUAGGUUUGCAUCUGUACAUUGGCAGCUUUUUGAUUUGCCUUUUUUAUUGUUAAGAUUUUUUGCUCCUACAAAUGUACAUAUUACAAAAAAAUAAAUAUUUGAAACUUUGAA